AUGGCGCAAAACGCUGAGAACUUCUUUCAAAAAUUCAUGGAAGCAGUCGACAACCAAAAAGAUGUCUUGAAAGGUGAAAACGAGUUUAUCGCAACCACGAAAGAAAAUGAAAAGAAAAAUGAUAUCAAUGAGGAAAAUAUUUUCAAACAAAAAACUUCUGAUGAGCAAAAGUUGUUCAAAACUGAAAAAGCCGCUUUGGAGAAAGAGUUGAAAGUAUUGAAAUCAGUCAGUGAAAAGUUAGUUGAAAAACAUUAACUUAAAAUAAUUUUUUUUACUUUUUGAGACUUGUUCAAACAAAAACUGUAUGGGAGGAUGAACUGGAAACAACAAAUGAAGAAUUCAUGCUUCGUUUAGAUGAUCAGAAAACAAUUGAUACUGAAAAACAAUUUAGAGAUACUCUUGAAUGUUUAAUUGAAUCUUUGGAUUGUUUGGUAAGCUAUAAUACACGUUUAAUAUCAAAUAUGUUGAGAUUUUCAGUCUGUACAAGCGAUGGAUACUCAAUUGGUAGACAUUCGCAAAACUCUUCAUAAACUCAAUGACGAAAGUAAGUUUUCGUUUAUUUUCUUAAAAACAUACAACAUAUAUUUUUUUAAAGGAAAAACUCGUUCACAAAAUCUCAACGAAAAUCGAAAUGUGGAAACAGAAAUAAAAAAUAAGCUGAUGAAAAGUUAUGGAGCAUCGUACGCUGAGAGAAAUAUUUUGCAAUAUGCAAUCAAUAAUAAAACAAGUAAAGUUCGCCAAGAAUAUCAAAAAACUCGAUUACAAGAGGAAAGCUUGAAAGCGAAACUUUCACAUUAA